AUGGAUGGCACAUUCCAACGGCUUCUCGAUACUAUCCAGCGAUUUCUACUCUACUCUACACCGUCGAGCUAUCUGCACCUCGGCAACUUGUUGUCGAACACCCUUCGCCUUCGGUCUCCUAUGGAACCAUGUAUCUACGAAAACAUCUACUCCUUCUUCGCAGGCACACAUACAAAUAUAUUAAUGCAUAUUACCCGCAUGGGAAUUAUCCAAACGUUUUCAGCCUCUGCUACCAAGGACAAUCUCCAGAGACUAGAGGGCAUUCUGAUCCUCCUCUCAAGUAGCCAGAAUCAGGUGUUUAAUUCCAAGUUCACACUGCGCGAUUACGAGUUUCUGCGACGGACUUUUGAAGAGCGGCAUUAUCGUAGGUUCUUGGUCGAGGGUUAUGGACAUACUGAUCCGGUUGUGGGGAAGAGUGCUGUGAAGGAUGUAUACUGGACGGUGUUUGAGCAUUUAUUAAAUAUUUUCUAG